GUGGAGACUGUUCUUUGGAGUUCGUGACGCGAUUGAAGAGCUUCAAACUUGAGAGGCGAAAGGGGAAAGGGAGAGUGCCACCGUCUCCACGAGACAUGAACCAUAGUGGCUUGCAUAGCUUGCUUUCCCAAGGAGAGACUACUAGCUAGUACAAAUAAUUGAAUGGCACGAUAUCAUGACAAUCAACAACAGUCGCAAGGAGGAAAUGGCAGAUCAUACAGGAGCGACAGUGCCUCGAACGAGCAGUGAUGAGGAGGAAAAGGAGGAAGAAACCUACGAGGAGCGUGGCACCUUUACCAAGAACUUGAUGGAUGCCAGCGACACGCUGACGAGCAUGAGAACGGUGAUUGAAGAACAAAUGAAGCAGAUUCAACCUCCCAUGCCGUUAUAUACUCGGCCGCUUCAGCGUCAACAUUGGGGAGAUGUUCAAGUCACUCCACAUAAAGAAUGGGGAGACAUCUUCUUUGAUUUGUUCUAUGUGGCUGGAGCCUACAAUUUGGGGAACAUGUUGAAAGAAGAACCCACAUUUCGAGGGCUGUGCUACUUUGUGGCGGCAUUCUCUUCCCUCCAGAAUCUAUGGCAAUACAAAAUGUUUUUCGAUUCCAGAUUCUUUGUACCCAACAAUGACAUGUUCCACAACUUUUAUGAAAUGUGCACGCUGGUCGUCUUGGGAACGGCCGUCUUGUAUUGCCGACCCGUCGCCAUUCUCUCCCAUCCGGAAGAACACAAUGAUCUAUUUAUUUUUUGUUGCUCCCUCUUGAUUGCCAUGUUGCUAUUGAUUGGACGAUCGCUUGAAGUGAUUUGGAUGAUUGAAGGAGGUGUCGAGUCCACCGGCGCGCGAGUGGCUUCCAAACGAGAUGCUACCCAACUGGGAAUCAUUGCAGCCGUACAAGCUGCAGCAGCCAUUUACGCCGGUGUCAAGUAUUAUUCCAAUGAUCAUGACUACCAUGGGAGUGACAAUUCUUAUGGCUACGAGGAUUCUCACUAUGAUAGUGGCAACUCGAGCGACUAUUACAACAACAAUUAUACAGAUUCCAGUACGGAAUACCAUGGAGAGGAGGAUGGCCAUCAUUUUCGCUUCUUGGCGGGUGAUUCUUCGUAUGGUGAAGAAAAGGAAAGCACCUACAGUGGUGAUGUAUCCAUGGAACUGCUCGUGGCAGGUUACCUGGCGAAUCAUCUGCUCACGGUGAUCUUGUUGACCUUCGUUAUUCCUCGUGUCUCGGGUGGCGACCACACAAGGGUCACUGUUCCCAUGAACGUGGAUUAUGCCAUCCAUCGAUAUGGAGAAUGGAUCAUGUUGAUGCUUGGCGAAAGUGUGCUGAGCUUGCUGAUUGUGGGGGCGCAACAGGACUACAAUUAUUACAAGACAUUCUACUGUGGUAUUAUAUCCAUUUCACUGCUGCAAUUCAUGCAUUUCCAAUCACAACCACACCAUGCAGACGACCACGCAAUUCGCAGAAAGAAAGAGAGAGGCUACCUUUUCGUGGUGAUGGUGCAAAUUUACUCUGGCGCGCUAAUCAUUUUGGGGGCAAGCUACAAAAUGAUGUUGUAUGAAUUUGUGUAUCGAGCGGAGUAUGCCAAAGCAGCCGGGUAUGAAGAGGAGGAGGACAAUGGCUAUCAUCGAAUGCUGCUGCCUGCUUUGGGAGCCAAGCUGCAGCGGUUACUGGCAGGUGGCGGUGGGGGCGCCCUACGUUUCGAUGCAGACGACCGGGAGCAACGCAUUGCAAAUUUCUUUUGUGGGAGCAUGGCAACAAUAUGGUUCCUUUGCGACAUGUUGAUAUUGGUGCACAAAGGCAUCAAGGAGCACAUGGAUCGGUGCCAGGAGUGCGAACAUUCCAAGUGGAAAAAGCUUCUCAGCGUUCCGCUUUUGUUGGCACGGGUUGGACUUGUGGCUUUCAUGGCGACCUUGAGCCUGUAUCAGACGGACCCAAGUUUCAUUGCAUUCACUGGACUCGUUGGCAUCGUAGCGCAAGUCAUCUUGCGCUUUAUUGGUACUGCCUUGUAUAGGAAAGAAACCGAAGAAGACCAUUUCAUGGCGGAGCUGAAGAGUCAAGGGUUCAAAAGCACGGAAUUCAAACUGGAUUAG